AUGGCAUCUCCGCUCCUCCCCCGGCUAGCCCUACGACAGUCGUCGCGACUGCUGGUCCAGCGACGCGCUGCAUCGACGACCUCCGAAGCGACACAAGCAGCCUCCAAGGGCGCAACCGCAGCGAAGGAGACAGCCCAGAGCACCGUCUCCAAGGCACAAGAAGGCCUCUCCAAGGUCACCAGCUCCGCCGGUCCAGCUUUGAGCAAGGCCGCCUCAUCUGCCUCGAAUGCUGUGUCGAACGUCGGUGGCCGCACUGGCGCAGCGAUCAACUGGGUGCAAGGUCUCAUCCCGCACGUCGUGUACUAUGGCAAAGUAGCUGGUGAGCUGGGCAGGAUCAUCUACACCGGCCGUGGCAUGCAGCCGCCGUCUACACAAACAGUGCAAUCAUAUCUCGGCCAGGUCACCAACGCCGUUCGCAACCCAGCCUCCCUAGGAUCGCAAGCUGCCAAGACCGCAGAGAAGUCCGCCGAAACUGUCAUCAACAACCCACAGUCCUUCCUCGCGCGAGUAAGGGAUCUCGAUGCAGCCACUCUGACGACCGUUGGUGUUGUUACCGCUGAGACCAUUGGCUUUUUCUCGAUCGGAGAGAUGCUUGGCCGCUUCAAGAUCAUAGGAUACAGGAGUAGCGGCAGCCACGCCGAGCACCACUAG